AUGGAUAAACAAUGUGGCCAUGGGUCUGACGAGGCGCAAUCGCUCAAGGAGCAACAAUUCCCAGCCCAAAGACCUUCACCUCAUAAUCACUCGCGUGUCACAUUCCUGGAGGAGCCUGAAGUCACCACCAUUGAGAGCUCUUGGGCGAGUAAGCAAAGAAACCGAGCCACGAUGAUAAAGCAACUUUACGAAGUUUUUUCUGGCGCUGAAGUUACCGAUGAUAUGCUCUCAGAAGCCGCAAAGCUUUUCAGCGAUAACUAUGGGGUCUGGGGAAAGAAAUCGCCAUUGUCAGGUAAACGUGUCAGCUUUAAUGCUCGGCGUCUGCGAGAACAAUGUCUUCCCGAUGCUGCUGAAACUUCCUACGUUCGGGUGACCGUCGAUGGAACUCUUGCCGGUAAUGCAUUUGUUUGUCGCUGGAGCUAUAAUGGCAUGACAGUCUGUUGGAUUACUCAACUAGUUGUGGUAGAGGAAUACCGUGAGCGCGGGCUUGCAACUGGCCUUUUGAGAGCUAUGCGGGAGGAUACGGACGAUGUUUACGGUAUCGCAAGCUCUCAUCCAGCUGCGUGUCUGGCGGCUGCUAAGGCGUUCGGAACCACAAUCGAAAGAGUUUCGCUCAAUUUUAUUGCUAAGAAUGCUGCUUCGAUCAUGGAAGCAUCACCAAUAUCCUACAUUCGGGAUUCAGCACUACGCGGUUCUCUCUUCGAUAAUAAAGAUUCGACUGGGCUGGUUUCAGGUGUAGACACUAAAUUCUUCGUAGACCAUGAUGAGCCACUUGAAGUAUUGAAUAAAGUCCGAGGGUUAUGGGACUGGCCGCUGGGGGAAUUGCUGGAUGGGCAUGAAUACCUUUUAAUCAUACAGGGAAGACGUCGCCGAUCUAAGUCCCAAUUACUGCGCGAGCAAGCCGGCGAAGACAAUGUAUCCAAUGAUCACCCAUAG